GAGAGAGAGAGAGAGAGAGAGAGAGAGAGAGAGAGAGAGAGAGAAAGGACACGUGAAACCAGUCUGGCUCUGCUUCCACCACACCUUCUACACAAGUCGCGGGAACGCGCACGGGAGCGAGCCUGACCUAAUACGGUGCUUCCAGAGUGAAUGAAACCGCUGGAGAGAGAGAGAGAGAGAGAGAGAGAGGAAGGAGUCGGACUGCAGUCCCGCAGAGGAUCUCGGAAGAACAUCAUGGUGAUGGCGAUGGAAAGCAGCUCGUGCUGAAACGUUCAGGAGCAGCAGCGGAACCGAACCUCGGCCAGAUCCUCAGAGCUUCUCCAGGCACUUCUUCAGGCACUUCUCCUGCCCCUCUCAUGGCCCUUUAAUCUGAUCAACACACAUCCCGAAUGAAGGGCGAUCACUCGGCCUCAGGCUAGACGUCUGGAUGAAAAGAUCCCUGGUGGACGGGAGAUGAUCGGACGUGUCCCGAGUUGCUGCAUGUCCUUGUUGCGGUGUUGUGAGACGAGGAUGCCUCUGAGAGAAUCGCCUUUCCCUAAUGUCUUUGUCGGGGCUCUUCACGCCCUGGGAUGGGGCCUCAUCUUCCCCUGCUUUUGGUUCCUGGACCGACUCAUUGCCGUGUGCGUGUCCACGACGCUGGAGCGCAGGAGGAGACGGGAGGAAGAGUGCUAUCUCCACCCCAUCAAGGUCUUUUUUGGCUUCCUGCUCUUCCUCUUCCUGUUCCUGGUCUCGGCGCCGUUCGCGCUGCUGGGUUUCCUGUUGUGGGCGCCUCUUCAGUGGGUGCGUCGUCCCUUCUCUUAUAUGCAGCGGGAGGCGACCAUCAAGAUGGAGGACCGGAACGCCGGAUGGGAGGAGUCCGGAAAGGUGACAUUUGGGUUUUUAUCUGUGAAUGUGUGCCUCUUACCCGGAGGACUGGCGCGCUUUAAUAACCUGGCGCACACCCAGCAGAGGGCGCUCGCCAUCGGGCGCAACAUUGUGCAGGGAGUUAGCCGGCCGCAUAUCCGUAUUUUCAUCGACUCGCCCAGUAGCAGCGGAGCCUUGACCCCGUCCUCGAGCCUCCAGAACGCAGGCGCCGCCUCCUACAGGACCACUGAGGCCCAGACGCCGGAACAGGAUGGUCCGAAAAAUUCAUCUCCCAACCAAGAGAAGAUUGAUCAAGACCCUGAAAGCACCGAAACGUCCACCGGGGGCGUCGGAGAAAGCAAUCACACACAUGACCUUCAGAUGAACGGAGGCCACGUGAAGCCGUCACGGUCCUCACACACGCCUCUGGAGGUCUCGGCUCUGUUUCCAGCCAACGUCGACUUCCUGUGCAUGCAGGAAGUGUUUGAUAAAAGGGCGGCGACUAAGCUGGCUGAGAUCCUUUCUCCACUGUUUGGUCACAUCCUGUAUGACGUAGGCGUGUACGCCUGCAGCGCCGGCUCCGGCUUUAAGUUCUUCAACAGCGGCUUGUUGGUGGCCAGUCGCUACCCUGUGAUGGAGGCGCAGUACCGCUGUUUCCCCAACGCCCGAGGAGAAGACGCUCUCGCCUCCAAGGGCCUCCUCUCUCUAAAGGUUCAAACAGGAUUACAGAAGGGAGAGAAGAAGCUGGUCGGGUUUAUUAACUGCACUCAUCUUCACGCUCCAGAAGGAGAUGGAGAGAUCCGAUGUGAGCAGCUGGACAUGAUCACUAAUUGGAUCAGAGAGUUCCAGAGCACAAGCAGGGAGCAGAACGAGGUGGUGAUGUUCGACGUGCUCUGUGGAGACUUUAACUUCGACAACUGCUCUCCAGAUGAUGAUCUGGAGCAGAAACACACUCUGUUUAACGAAUACACAGAUCCGUGCAGAGCCGCAGCAGGUCGAGAGAAACCUCAGGCUAUAGGCACUUUGUUACAUCAGCCCACGUUAUACGAUGAGGACGUGAACAGUCCAGACAACCUGCAGAGGACUUUGGAAAAUGAAGAUUUGCGUAAACUGUUCCUGGCCCCUCCCGUACCCCGGGGCGACACCCCUCUGGUGUACCCUGAGCCUGGGGAGGUCUGGGUGGGCCGCCGCAUCGACUACCUCCUCUACAGAGAGAGCUCUCUGACCGACCACUGGCACACUGAGGUGGACGAGCUCACACACGUCACACAGCUGGCCACUCUGACUGACCACAUCCCCAUCAGCAUGAGACUCCGCAUCACACACACUCCUAACUCACACACACACACACACACACACACACACACACACACACACACCUAACUCACACACACAAGCAGGAGCAUAUAUGCACAUUUGCUCACACACAAACACACACACACACUCUGUAACUCAUGCACAUGAGCAUGGACAUAUAAACAGA